GAAAUCUUUCUUUUUUUCCCUUUUCUUUUAUUCAUGGGUGUUGCAGGUUUAUGGGAUAUCAUUUCUCCUGCUGAAAAAAAGUAUUCCUUGGAAGAACUUGCUUUAGAUCAUAUUGAUCGAUACAACAAAAGACUCCGUGUUGCUAUUGAUGUAUCCAUAUGGGGGAUUCAAGCACAAUCAACUCAAGGUGGACUACUUCGUACCAUGUUUUAUCGCUGUUGUCGACUUUUUAGUUUAGGGAUUCGACCAGUUUUUGUAUUUGAUGGAGACCAACGACCGGCUUACAAACGAAAUAAGAACAUUAACACAAGUCAAAUCAAUACAACAGAACAUCAUUUAUUGGUUGCUAUGCUCAAAUUAUUCAACUAUGCUACCUGGCAAGCGGCUGGAGAGGCUGAAGCUGAGUGUGCUGUACUUCAACGACUAGGCUAUGUGGAUCUUAUUUUUACAACGGAUGUGGAUGUGUUUUUAUUUGGAGGACAACGUAUGGCUCGCAAAUGGCCAUCUGCUGAUUAUGAACCUAUCUCUUGUGUGGAUAUCGAUUGGAUUCAAGAAACAACAGCUUUGGAUCGAAGUGAUUUGAUAUUUAUGGCUCUCUUUGGUGGUUCGGAUUAUGGUUCUGGGGCGAAUCGCAUUGGCAUCCAUUACGCUCAAGCGUUGGCUAGACUGAAAUAUCAUUGGGGUUUUCUGGAUACGAUAGAAGAAGCAGUUAACAACAAAAAUAAUAAUAACCUCACGCAUGACGAUAUUGAAAUUCAAUUGCAACAGAUGCUGGAUGAUUUACAACAUGAAUUGAGCACCAAUCAAUUAGGAUAUUUACGUCGACGAAAAAGCACCAUUGACCUGAACACACUGAUUGAUCAUGAACAACUGAUAUCAUUGGCAAAGGAUUGGAUUCAUCCAAAGACUGCUAUAUUGGAUGCAACUCAUAUUGAAGCUGCCAAAACCAUGAACUUUUUAUUGAACGAUGAACAUGUGACUCCUGAUUUUGUCUCUCUUGCCAGCUUCUGUCAGGUCCAAUUUGAAUGGUCAAAGGCUGUGACCAUCGACAAGUUCGCCAGAAAAAUAUAUCCCGGUUAUAUGCUUCAACGUAUUCUUUAUCAAGCAAAGCAAUCCAUACGUCAUCCUGGAUUAUCACAACAACAAGGACAUCAUCAUCAUUUACCACGGCAACAUCUGCAUCCUUUUUUCGACAAGUAUUAUUAUAAGCAUAAUAAAUUACAUGCGAACAGCAAUGUCAGGCAAAUGGAAAAGACACCUAUGGAUUUAUAUCGUAUUCAUUCAAUGGAGGCUGUCUCCCGAAGGAAACAUGGCACCCGUUCACAAAAACUAUCUCGAUGUCGUGUGGAAUGGCAAUCUACUACUUUGGAAACGUUUUUGAUCAUGGUGAAAAGGGAGUUACUGGACGAUAUUGGAUGUAGCGUAGACAGUACUCAAAUGACUAGUAUAACUCAGGCUGAACAUGUUGAUGUAUCUCCAGAAAUGAAUUUUUCUCAAGAUAUUGAUAGCCUUGGAUCAACCAGUAGUAUGUACAAACGGCAGGAUUCCGAAAAUGACGAUCUUAUUGAUCUUACAGCUGAACGAUCAUCAUCAUCAUCAUCACCACCAUUAUCAGUAGCGCCAGCCAUAGGUCCACCAACAAUCAAGAAACUUACAACGUCUACAUCAUCAUCAUCUUCUAAAUCAACCACGACGAAUAUUACCAACAAAUCAGAGAAAAAUUGGAUGUAUGAUUAUUGCAACCCGAAGAAAUGUUGCCGACAAUGGAUUGGAUUUAGAUUGUUGCGUAAAGUAUACCCUAGAAUGAUAGAGGAUCAUCUGUUAUCAGCAAAGUCCAAACGACAUCGCAAGAACACCAAAUUGGAUGAACAUCAAAAGACAUUGGAAAGUUAUAUUAUCACAAGCAGCCAAUCCUGUGUCAGCGAUGAUGAUAUCAUAAGCAACGACGAUUCAUUUAGCAACGACAAUACCAUUCCAUCACAAAAAAGAACGACUCAAACAGCUCUUGAUGAUUAUUUAUUCACAUCUUAGAAUACCUAGAUAUCUUUUUAUUAUUCUUUUAGCUCUUCAUUAAAGUAAAUAAAAAUCAUUUUGUUUGUAUAUGAGAUGUCAAAAAAUGGGCGAAAAAAUUCCCACUUUGAUUCCCCGACUCUUUUUUUUCGUUUCUCGUAUAGUUUAGACGUUGUGUUUAGAGUCCCCUUUUUUUUUUUUUUU